ACUGUCUUAAGUGAAUAAGACAUUUAUUCAGCAACAAAGCAACUGUUGUAUUUAUGAAUAGGUCAAGGAUGAAUCGACUCUCACAAUUCAUUUAAAUCAUAGAUUCAUUCUCAAAAAAUAACCCACUCUAGCCUAAAUAAGGACUGAACCGAUGUGAACAGACACCCCUUUUCUGGCCGCGAGGUUCCCAUCUCGAAUGGUUCUGGCUUUAUAAUAAGUAGUGAUGACCUGAUAGUGACAAAUGGCCAUGUGGUCGCCAACAAGCGUGGUGUUUGUGUCAAACUGACCAAUGUUGAGACUUACAACACCACAGUUCAGGAUGUGGACCAGGCUGCAGACAUCGCCACCAUCAAAAUCAAUGUUAAGAAUCCUCUACCAACAAUGCGUCUUGGCAAGUCAUCUGAUGUGCGUCAAGGUGAAUUUGUGGUUGCCAUGGGGAGCCCCUUUUCUAUUAAAAACACCAUCACAUCUGGAAUCGUCAGCUCUGCUCAAAGAGGCAGUAAAGAACUGGGUCUCUCCAACUCCAACAUGGACUACAUCCAGACGGACGCUACCAUAGAUGAUGGUGAGGUCAUCGGCAUUAAUACCAUGAAAGUGACAGCAGGGAUUUCCUUCGCUAUUCCCUCAGACAGAGUCCGUCUCUUCCUUGACCGAUCUGCAGACAAACAGAAGUCUUGGUUUGGAGAAUCGGGAUGGAAAAGGCGUUACAUUGGAGUGAUGAUGUUGACUUUGACCCCCAGUAUAAUCGAAGAGCUAAGGAUGCGAGACCUGUCCUUCCCUGAUGUUUCUCAUGGAGUUCUCAUCCACCGUGUGAUUGUAGGAUCUCCAGCCAACAGAGCUGGAAUGAAGCCAGGAGAUGUUAUUAUUGAGAUCAACGGGGUAAAGGUGAACACGUUGGAGGAGAUAUAUAAUGCUGUGAGGACCAGCGAAAGCUUAAAUGUGGUGGUCCGCCGGGGGGCCGACCUGCUCAUGCUGCACAUGACCCCAGAGUCCACAGAGUGACAUCAAGUCAAGUAUUUAGUAAGAUUAAGAAAUGGUGAGUAAUGAGAAGCUGUCAUAGUUGGAGAUGUUGUAAGAAAGGAAUCAUUUAAAGAGUUUUAGCAAACGCUGGACAUUCGUGUAGUAAACGUGUUUCUGGAAGCGUAUGAAAUAAUGUGGAUGAUUCAGACUUCUGUACACUGGAUAAACCUCAGUGUGUCUGCGCAAACUACACUAUCAGUAUUGAUUUGAAGGAAUAUCACUGAAUAUUUUGUUUAGGAUUGUCAUGAUGGCAACAAACACUCAAAGACCUUAAUAAAACUGGGUGCUCUUAUUGUGAAAAUGCUGAUGUUUUGUAUUGAGUCUCACAUUCUCAUGUUACGACGUUUGUAUUUUAAUACAUUUUUCUGAACAGCUCUGAUUUCACAAUAAACCAUUGGAAUAUUUAUG